AACAAAUAUGGCGACGUUGUGGAUCGUGGCGGCAGGUGUUACGUGUUUGAAAGCACUUUUGAUACCUUCCUAUAAAUCAACUGACUUUGAAGUUCACAGAAACUGGCUGGCCAUUACAAAUAAACUGCCUGUAAAAAAGUGGUAUUAUGAGAAUCGAUCAGAAUGGACGUUGGAUUAUCCCCCUUUCUUUGCUUGGUUUGAGUUUGCUCUGUCAAAAAUAGCAUAUUACUUUGACCCUAAGAUGCUCAAUGUCAAAAACCUGUCAUAUGCCAGUGAUGAAACCAUCCUGUUCCAGCGCCUCUCUGUCAUUGUCACAGACUUGGUCUUCAUCUAUGCUGUGAAAGAGUUUUGCUCAAAGUUUGUGAAGCUGCGACGUCGAGAUGAGGAUGAUGAUGAUGUGAUGGAGAAUCCGAGUGUUGUGCUGGGCGUUCUCCUCAUCUGUAACUGUGGACUCCUUAUUGUGGAUCAUAUCCACUUCCAGUACAACGGUUUCCUGUUUGGACUAAUGAUGUUGUCUGUCACACACAUGUAUGAGGAGAAAUACAUCAGAAGUGCAUUUUGGUUUGCGGUUUUGCUCAACUGUAAGCAUAUCUACCUGUACAUUGCUCCGGCCUACUUCGUCUAUCUACUCAGGUGCUAUUGUUUCCAAAGCACUGCAGCUGGACGGAUCAGGUGGCUGUCCUUUUCACCACUACGCCUGAUAGCUUUAGGAUUGGUGGUCAUUUCAGUUUUUGGGAUUUCUUUUGGACCCUUUAUUUAUCUCAACCAACUCCCUCAGGUAGUGUCUAGAUUAUUUCCCUUUAAAAGGGGACUGUGUCACGCCUAUUGGGCCCCAAACUUCUGGGCACUGUAUAACAUAGCUGACAAAGGGGCGGCCAUUGUAGCUAGGAAAUUAGAGUUAGUCAAUGUUACCACGAACAAGGCUGUUAUGACGGGAGGGCUUGUACAGGAAUUUGAACACUCCAUACUGCCCUCUAUACCGCCUAUUGUCACGCUGGCUGCCACAGUCCUGUCUAUACUGCCAGUGCUGUUGAACCUCUGGUGGAGCCCCAAGGGACCCAGGAGUUUCCUGAGAGCCCUGAUCCUCUGUGCAUUUGGAUCCUUCAUGUUUGGUUGGCAUGUACAUGAAAAGGCUAUUCUUCUUAUCAUACUUCCAAUGAGUUUACUGGUGGUAGAAAAGAAGAAAGAUGCCCAGCUUUUCUUGGUUCUGUCCACUGUCGGCCAUUACUCGCUGUUCCCACUGCUGUACACACCCACAGAAAGUGUGAUCAAGGUUGUACUGGUACUCAUAUUUACCCUGUAUGCUUUCACAAGCCUGGGCAACAUUCACAGAUUUCCCUGGAGUAUUCCUCUACCACUUUUAUCAAAAUUGGAAUCAGUGUAUCUCCUGGGAAUUCUACCUCUGGAAGUGUUUAACAGCAUAGGACACCCACUCCUCGGGCUGUCCCACAAACUUCACUUCCUCCCCCUCAUGCUGACGUCAGUUUACUGUGCCUUAGGUGUAACUUACUGCUGGCUUAAAUUCUACUGGCUAACAUUCCAGGAAAAGCCUCUGGUACACCCAAAGUCACUGUGAAC